UCGCGCGUUUAAAAAAAAAAAACCCGCGCGGGCACCGUACAGGGGAAGGGGGUGGCAGGAGGCCUCAACGCAGCCGCCAGUGCAACGUCUCGGCGCCCGCGGGCGGUUCGUGGCUGCAAGACAUGGAGCAACAGAAGAGCUCGGACAUUGAGCAGCCCGUCAAUGGCAAUAACGCAGAAGACUCUGAUGAGGUGGUCUUUGUGUCUGAGGGGCCUCAAAGGCCAGUGGUUGCCUUCAUUGAGCUUUCGGACGAAGAGAGCAACUUGAACAAUCCCAACGAUGAGGGGCAGGCGCCCGCCGAGGAUCACGUGGACCGUGUCAAAGCGCGCGUGCAGAGCACACUGGAGCGCCUCGCCCGCAACGUGGAGGAGGACAAGGAGAGUCGGCGUGCGCACAACGAGCUGUUGCGCAUGCAGAGGGACUCGCUGCAGGCGCACGGCACCUACAUGCUGGGGCUGUCCGCACAGAACCCCGACAUGCAGGCGGCAAAGAAAUGCGUCGAGUACUACGCCAAGAAGCCCGCCCUGCGGCAAGGCAACCUGCACGUAAACAGGCGCCAGCAGGCGUCAGGCUGCCCAACUCCUUCCUCGUCCGCCCAGGCCCUACAUUGCCCCAUCAAAAACUGCCUGCGCACCUUCGAUAACCGCGCUCUGCUGCUGGGCCACCUGAAGAGGUUCGACCACUCACCCUGCGAUCCCUGCGUGAUGCUGAAGGGAGUACCGAUUGUGAAGUACGUGUGUGGCCCGUGCCAACGGGUGUUCUGCUCCAUGGUCGACUACGAGGCACACCUGCUGGAGAAGCUGAAAGAUGACUCAAGCUUGAGCAUUUGGCGCCCCCACAAGCCCGGUGCGUCCCCGCUGUCCUCCCGCUACUUCGCCUGCCCCAACUGUUUCCUGCUCUUCACGCUGCACGACCAGUGCCUGCAGCACAUGCAGCAGCAGCGCCACUUCCGGAGCACCUACCCCAUUGAGAAGCAAAAGCAGCCGUGCCCCAUCCUGUUCCCGGACUACGCGAAGAACAUGCUGGUCUCCCUGUGCCGGGAGGUGGAAUUCACCGUGACGUGCGCCUCCUGCGGACAGGGACUGCGCAGCAACAGUCAAGUCACGGAACAUUUCAGGUUGCAGUGCCAGGGCGGGUGGCCACUGGCACUUGCCAAGCAACCGGUGAGCGACGUGGCCAAGGUGUUUUGGGCGGCCGGGCGCUGCCUGCAGUGUGCUGGCCGUGCGCUGCUCACGGAGGACGACUGCGCAAAGCACGAGGCGACCACGGGCCACCUGGUGUGGCGCGUCAACAACAUGCAGGUCGCCCUCAUCGCAUUCUGCUACUUCCGCUCGGGCGCAAACAGCGCCGCUGUCAACGACGGCAAAACCAGCAGCAGCAUCGGCGAAAACCAUGACGGAAAGACGGCUGGUUCACACAGUCCACAGCCCAGCACGUCCUCCACCGACACCGGUGCAUUUCCACAUCCCGCUUGCAGCAACAACAACAACGACAAUGGCAGCGGUGUCGGAAACAUCAUCGGUGGCAGCAGCAGCAGCAUGGCUGCAGGGGGUGGCAGGGCGACGGAGGACCCGAAUUGGGUGUGCGAGUGCGGCACCGUCCUGGCCACGGAGGAGGAGGCCUUCGAGCACCUCGUGGCAAUCAACAGCGUGCACUUCCGCUGCCUUGUGUGCCAUACGGUCUUCCUAUCCGAAAGCAUUGUGAGGCUGCACAUGAGCCGCACGCACGGCGGUGCGCACUUAUCUGACUACGAGCGCUGGUGCUGCACGUGCCACAUCAAGGUGCCCGGUGGACGCGAUGGCAUUGCGGACCACCUGCUGAACUACCACCCAGGCCACUCCUUCUACUUCGAGCGCCGCGGCGGUGACGACGACGAGACUCCGGCGACGGAAGCGGCAGCGGCGCCAGAAUGUCCCGCGACAAAGCCGGCGCUCGCUGCAGCCACUGGUGGUGCGCAGGGCUCGGAGGCGGCCGGCACGAGCGGGGCUUUCCCGGCGAAGGAUAACAUCGUGGUCGCGAGGCCCAAGGACAGCGAUGAGCAGCAGAAGACUCUGAAACCGCCCAGGAAGAAGCACAAGAUUGCUAACAAUAGCGGGCCAAUUUACAAGUGCUGCUUUUGCAAGAAGGCAAGCUAUCUACUGGAGGCUGUUUAUGACCACCUGAAAAGUCACAUGCAUUCUAAUCUAUCCAAAAAGGGCCCGCACUACCUGGUUUUGUGUCCAGAGUGUCGAACGCAGCUGUCGCCAGGCAAAAGCACGUGCCAGCGCUGCGGGAACAGGGCCAGCGGCGGUGGGAGUGGGAGCCGCAAGCAUGGGGCCAGCGGCAGUGGGAGCAGCAGUAACAAUGGGGUUGGGAGUAGUGGUGGAGGUGGUUACCCCUUCUUAGCGGCCAACAUGAAAGUUCAGUUGGACUUGGAGCCCAAGCCCAUGCCAUUUGAGUUCACAGCGUCUCCAUCUCCGAAAAGCAGCCCCGACUCAAGCAGGCCGGAGCUCCCGGACGCCGACUACCUGAGCACCAUGUCACACGUUCUCCUCAUUGACCUGGACAACUGGCCCAACUUCUUUCAGAAACUCCCUGCGCAGCUGCAGACUGGCAUCUUCAUAUGGGGCUUCAAAGGCGGACACAACAAGUGGCAGCCACCCAGGGAUUGUGCCGCGUACCGUCAGCUGCACCAGCAGGGCUGCUUCUUCCUACACCCGCAGUGCAGUGGGCGCAAAGACGCCGCCGACUUCGCCAUCUGCCUGCACGCCGGGCGCAUGGACGCGCAGCUGCCCAAGCACAUCCCCCUGUCCGUGCUGUCAGGGGACAAGGGCUUCAUGGAGCUCAAGGAGCAGUUUGCUCGCACGGGACGCCCGUCACACAUCCUCGACCCCCACAACACGGACGCCAAGCUGCUCUGCGCCCUCAUCAACAGCAUCUCAGAUUCUGACAAUGUCGUGUGUGUACGCAUGCCGUGUGAGUGCAGUCCACGCCGAGGAGGAAGCCGAGCUGAAGGAGGCGUUGGCGCGCAGUCUGAAAGACAUGGGGUCCACGCAGUCCCCUCUUGCAUCCUAACCCCUCUACGUGACCUGUCCCCCAGUUCACCUCAAUUUUUUUACGAGCAUUGAUUUUGAUCAACAGACAGUGCUCUGCUUUGAGCUAUGACUAUUGUAUCAUCCACAUGGAAAGUGACAAAUGUUGAUUCUGAUAUUGCCGGUGUGCUACAUUUAGGCAAACCAAACGAAUAACGACUGAAAAAAAACAGCAAAUUUUGACUGGUGUAACUGGCCAUGACAUGGCAACUCAAAAAAAUGUCAUUAAAUUAACUAGAGAAAACAAAUUUCAUGAAAGGGUGGAUGUUUAUCAUUUACUGGAUCUUGGUCGGCCAUUUAUUUCUGUCACUUAGUUAACUCACAGUUGGUGUGUUUUGAUCAGAAGGUGAAAAAGAGGCAUUGGCCCAUUUUAAAUGCUCAAGUUAUUUGUGAGCAGUUUGCCCAAAAAAAAUGUUUGCUUUAAAAUGUAAAGAAAUACGUUUUGCAAGAAAAAAUUUUUGAUUUCCCAGAGCGUAUUCUCAACUUUGUAUAUAUGAUUCAAGUUACUCGGGUAUGUGAGCCAUCACUUAUUAACCUUUACACAAUGGGUCCAUCUCUCUUACAGCUACACAAGUUCUCAGACAUCAUUGUCUCAACAGAGCCGACUCCAAUUUCAACCUUUUUUCUCCAAGUUUAAUGUGCUUUAUUUGACCUGUGCUCUCCAAUAUAACACCUGUCAAAACUAUUAAGGCUCUGUAAAAAUAAUAAUUGACAAUUAAAAGUGAAGGGUGAAUUUAUGGUGGGGCUUUCGUAAUCGAUGCUAUCAUAGACGGUGCAGCCUAAGUGCAAUGCAUUCCGGUGCUGCUGCUGCUCCACUGUAAGCUUAAGCAUACUUUGGGUUUACAGCAAGUCCUUGUUCAGCGCCGUAAGUGCAUUCCUUAAAAGUUCCGCGUUAAGCGAAAAACGCGUUAAGCGAAAACAAUUUCCCCCAAACUAUAACGGGAACAAUAAGGUUUGGUGAGAUGACGUAUGCACACAGUGGGACAAUUCACUGAGGGUGCGCCGCCACGUUACUAUCAUUCCGCGUAGCGUAUCGUACCGCUCGGACCGCGCAGCUCAAGAAAGUAGUUCGUCGUCAACCGCUCAGAAACCGCAUUACAACGGUGAGCCACGUUAUAACGGUUUGCGCAGUCUGCGUUGUGUGAAAAAAUCCCAAUGGAGGAAACCGCGUUCAAGUGAAAACACGUGACGUGAACACGCGUUAAGCGAGGACUCGCCAUAAUUGUAUUACAACCAUACAACAAAAAUCGCUUCGGAUCAGGUAAGCGUGUAUGGCAUCGGAUUGAUAGGGUAAGGAUGUUGCCAUGAUGUAAUGGUCACCGGGUUGAUCUCCCAGCCGUGGCACUUGAAACCGGUCAAGUUGCGCACCUCCAAUUGAUCGGCAGUGUGUGUGUGGUGGGGUUACACUUCCAAGACCUAUGGUCAGGGUGGAAGAGUAGGCCAAAUACCCUCUAGAGGGACUCGAGAGAGCUCUCCCCCCCCCUACUGGAGGCCCUUUUGCCAGCAGUGGCCUGACAAAGCAAUUGCAGUGCUGCUGCAUCUUUAUGGCCUCGGGUUGAGUAUUUUAUAGAUAUAUUCCCUAUGGAACUUGGUUACAUGCAACAAAAGUGAUUGUCUAUGCCUUAAUCCACAGCUCCAGAUUAAAGGGUGAUAAUGGCGUAACAUUUGUAAGUGACCAUCGGUUGUGAUAAUAAAACUUUUGAGCGUUAUUUUGUCCCAUUGGUUCUGACCGUAUCACUCAGGUGGGGUUAAAAUGCACAGUCAUCAUCCCACAAGGGAUAUCUGGGAAUCCAGUCGCCAAAGCAAUGUUGAUAAUGGGCUGUUUUACAGGGCGUUCGGUGGGUCCCUACCAUAUGAUUGUGGAAUUUUCACCACUGCCCUUUUUCCUUUGGAGGGAAAUUCUUGUGUCCAACCCUGAAAACUAUCUUCUUUAGAACCGCUUCUAUGUUUACUUUGUAGUCCCCCUCCCCGUACCUCCGAUUAUUAGCACGGUUGGGUACAUACGGUGCAAAAGAAGUUCUAUAUCGUCUAACAGCGUUAAAUCUGUGCAACAUCGCAACCCAGACUAAAACGCUCGUUUUCACAAUGUUUAAUUGGUAUACCUCGUGGGGUUUUUUUCCCCUCAAAAUCACAGUACAGAAAACAACGUAACUGUUGGCGUGGUCCCUCUUCAUGUGUCACAUGUACAGCGUCGACGAUUAAAUCCCUGACUGCACGCGUACACGCACAGAACACUACUAUUCCAACUCGGGGGCGAAUGGCAAGCGUACAGCUGUUUUCAAACGCAAGCCUCAAUCGUCUGAAUAAGCCAGAUUGUUAACGCAAGUUUUUUUUGUAAUAUAUUUGUGUGUAUCGACUGUUUAGGGCAAAUGUUGCUGACGCGUUCGCAAGGCCGGCACACGAGCAUGGUCUAUUUCACCUUCGUCAACAACACAGCACCAAGUACUUUCGGCUGAAUUGGCUCAGGGGAAGGUACCCCCCCCUGCCCCCAUUCCAGAUUUCCAAGCAAAUUAUAACUGCGUCGUCGAGACUGCAAGGGAACCCCCAUGCGGCACAAAGAGCGCACACACUGACAUUUAAAUAGUCUGUGCUGCUUUAACCUGCCUCCGUUACUUUGCCAAGGAAACACAAGUCGGUUACGUUAUUUAACUCAAAAUUGUAAUAAUGUGAUUUAACGUUUUAUAACAGGAAACCAUGUGUCGGCGAGCUUACGUAAGAUGCGACACAGUUGUGCUUAUGCCUUUGAAAUGUAUUUUGCAGAUACGGAAUUAUAAACAAAAAUAUUUCCGUAACCGCU